AUGUCCACCCAGCGCGUUCCAGCCUGGAAGCGAUUGGGCCUCAAGCUCAAGGGACCUGCAGCUGGCGAACCCCCCGUGUCUACGUCGGGUGGUUCCAAUGCAAAGCCCUCUGCGCCAGAUUCUCAUUCCCCCCAAAGCCGCAUAAACGGUAGUCCGGCGGGCGUGCUCAAAAGAAAGCUCCCGAGCUCGACAUCCCAGCCGCCAAACGCUGUGCAGACCCCGAAUAAGAAGCCACGGACAGAAGAGCAGACACCAUCGUCGCUCAAGAAAUCGGUUUCGUUUGCCAAUGGCACAAAGGACGCCAAGCCGGAACCCGUGAAAAAGAAAGCAAAGAAGAAGAAGAAUAAGGGGAAAAAGACCAGCGAGUCUUCCAAAACCGAUUUUGAUCUUGGGCCUUCUCUGAACUACCUCCGCCAGUGGCAUACUGCCCGGGAAUCGUGGAAGUUCAACAAGAACCACCAGACACUCCUGAUCAAAUACGUCUUCGACCCGGACAGGAUUCCGUCGUCGGAUAUUUCUAUUUUCUACGAGUACAUCCGAGACCUCAAAGGCUUUGUGCGCACAAGGCUACGGGAAACUGCCGCCGAGAUCAAGAAGAAAGACAUGGAGCAAGGGGCUGGAGCCUUCCCUGCCUCGACCACGGAUAGGGAAAGCAAACAGAAGGAGUACGAGGAGUCAAUAUCUCGGUUUCUACAACAAUUACAACAACAGCAGAAUGGGGCCUCCAGCAACGCCAAUGGCAAACGCAGCAUCGAUGAGGUAGAAUACGUCCUUCGCGUGGCCACCCCGGAAGUGAAGCAGCGGCUCCUGAAACGCAUCCGUGCCGAGAUGGUGCUGGAGGAGUUAUCAGACAGUGAUACGACGGUCUCUACCGAGACAGUAGCAACCACAUCUGCCGCUUCUUCAUCCGGCCGAGAAGAAGCGAGUGUUGGCCGGACUGGGCAGAGGGAUGAAUCCCAGCAGCCUGCCAAGCGGCGGAGGUUAAGGAAGGGCAAAGGGAGGACCGGCGUGGACGUGGAUGACAGCAGUUCUUCAGAAUCAGAAUCAUAUGAGAGCGACUCGGAAGAGAGCAGUAGCUCGAGCGACGAAUCCGAAGACGAAGAGAUGGAGGCCCCGCCAGAUGCGGACCAUGCCGAGUCCUCGAGCUCAAGUAGCAGCUCGUCCUCGUCUUCAUCAGGUUCGGACUCGGAAUCAGCCGAGUCAGACGAAGAGAGCGGGUCAGCGAGUAGUGGCAGUGAGGAUGGAGAUGCGGAUGGGGACGAGGAUAUGGGCGAUGACGAUGAUGAGGACGAGGACGGAGACGUGGAUGCGGAUGAUGACGAGGAUGAGGAUUAA